UAUAUCUAUCUCUGUGCAGCUCAAACCCGGCGACCUAAAACGUCGAUUAUUCAGUGCAUUCCCUUCCUCGACUCUCUGUUGAUCGGGUCAACACACGCAACCUAGCAUCCAUGCCAAGACGGUCCCUGACUCUCAAUGCCUGUACUACGUGUCGGAAGAAAAGAACAAAAUGCGACGGGGAUCUUCCUUGUUCGAGGUGCAAGUCCCGGCGGGAGAAGUGCCAUUACGAAGAUAGAGAAUGGCAGACGAAGGAACACCUGAGGUCCGAGUUGAAGAGGCUGAAACGCCAGAACCAGGACACUCAAACGGUGCUGACGGCCAUACUCACCCCCAGCCAGCAUGCCAUCCUGCAAAGGCUCCGCGCUGGCGAGGGUGUCGAGAGCAUCGCUUGGAGUCUGACCGACUCCCAGCGCGAGGCGAUUCACAAUCUAACAGGUGGGGGAACGGUAGACAAUACACAGGACAUCAGCAUUGACCUCGACGAUCAUCUCGACCCUCUCGACCCUCUCGACCAUCCAAGCCCUCUGACGGAGCCGAACACUCCACGAGCCAUCGAUGACCAUCCUGCCACCGAGGCCUGGGCCUCGACUUGCCCGCCACCGGGCAGACCUAUCCUGCCUAUUGCAACAGAGACGCAACCCUUCCCGGCAAAUUUCCAACUUAACAAUCCCAAUGCGUACUCCUGCGACUGGUACCCCCCCUCGAUCGAGUCCUGCCCCGCCGUCUCCGACUUCUCCUCUACAUACGCGCCAAGCCCGACUGCAAACCUCUCCCAGACCAGCCGGUCUAACAGUUAUGCCUCCGAAGGCGCAGACAACACCAGCUGGACGCAGGCGCCGCACAAUGUUCCCUCCGCGAACCGACUCAUAGAGCUGUUUUUCGCCUGGGAGGUCGUGCCCUUCUCCAUGGUCUGCCAACACCUCUUCCUGAGGGACUACACCGACGGUAGUCGUGACUAUUGCUCACCGGCGUUGGUCAGCGCCAUCAUGUCGCUUGCAUCCCUGCACCUGGCGAAUGAUGAAGUGACUCGGUUCGCGGAAUCGUCGUCGUGGAGCGAGCGGUUUUUCCACGAGUCGACGAGCAUUCUGGCUGCGGAGGGACCAGCGAGCACUCUGCCGAGCAUACAGGCUCUAGGACUACUUGCCCUACGAGAGAUGUGCUGCGGGCGAGAGGCCCAGGCCGAAUCUCUCGUUCUGGGGGCCCUAGACGGCAUUGCAGCCAUGAAUCCAGAAGAUGCCGGCCCCGAGGGCAGAGAGAAGGACUACUAUACGGCGCGAGCUAUCACGUUAUCGGGGGUUCUGUCUUUGUCUCGAAUGAUCCAUAUUGUCACGAACCACCUCUCGACCUCCUCAACCUAUCCGCUGCACGACGGACAGAUGUACCAACAGCGGUCCAUAAUCCAGCAACCCGAAACUGCCCCGCGGUUCGAAAAAGCAAUCGAGACACUCGAAGGAAUAGUCCAGCGAGUACCAGAAUCGCAGUCCCCCGGCAACUUCAUCUUCGGCCUGACUGAACUAGUCUACUCCCUGCUCUACCGGAUCCACGGGUCCGAGAGCCAGAAAACUAACGAGCUUCCCCGCGUGUACCAGAAGUGCCUGAGCUGGUACGCGUCCGUCUCCGAGACUCUGAAAGACAGCGGCAAGCCGACGCCGUAUGUCCUCUUCGUCCACAUAUACUUCCACCUGUGCCUUCUCGCCCUCUUCCGACCGUUCGUCCACCUCCAACAACACGAUGAUGACGCCACCUCGUGCCCAUCCCCACGCACCAUUUGUGCCGAGGCCGCGCAGGCCAUCCUCUCCCUGACGCAAUCCUACUCCCGCCUCUUCACCCUCCGCCGCACCCCCUGCCUGAUCCCCUACUUCGUCUCCGCCGCGGGGCUCAUGCACCUCACCCUCGAGGCCCCGGGCCCCGGCCCGGCCGAGGCGGCGAACGCAUUCGCCCCGUCGCCCGCUGCGUCGUUCUCGUCGUCAUCAUCGUCGUCGUACUUUUCAUCAUCACCGUCGUCAUCCGACACCAGCGCAAGAAGAAGCAGCAUCAGCACCACCGCCUCCGGAGACGCUGCCGCCGGCGACGACCUAUGCGGGCUGGUCCCACCACCACCACCCAACCAAUGCCCCCCCCUCUCCCAGGCCGUCCUACAGCUCGCCGGGAUGGACGUCGGGCACCCCGCCGCCGCGCGGGCGGGGUGGGUGCUCCGCGACAUGCGCGCCGUCGGGGCGUUUGGCGGCGGCUUGCCCUCGCCGCCUGGCGGGGUCGCUGCUCCGGUCGGUGGACACUGUUAAGACGGGGAGGCGAUACGAAAGGCCUCCUCGAAACCCUAGUUCCAACUUUUUUCUUUGUUUUAUAUUGACUUGGAAAAGCGAAAACAAAAAUAAAACGAAAAAGUUGUCUUUCUCUGUUGGGGUGCGGAUCUUUGCUUUGGGAGGUGAUAAUUACAUUCGUUGACCUCACGGUCUUGAGCGGCAAUUUUUGUCUUUGGUCUUCCGUUUUUCCGCACCCCUUAUUUUUCCCCCCUAUGCCUUCUCAUUUCCAUUUUAUCUUCAUCUCUUGAAUGUGAUGAGAUUUUGCGAGAACUCGAAAAGGAUAUUUCAGACUUUUUCAAGGAGCGUGGUGGGCCGCAGCCGAGGUGGGCUUCUCGGUGCUCUUGGAGCAGCGAAACAAGGCGAAACGAGGGUCCCGAUGGAUGAUACGAUAGGACUGGUUCUCUAAACGAUGAUUACGAUGUUAUGA